AUCCGUGCGCCGCCCGAGGCUGGCUAAGGAGUCGGCGGCCAUUUUGUUCUUCUCGUGGUUCCAGUGGGGAAAGAAGGAGGAAGCAGGGAGCGGGGCGGUUGGGGGGGACCCGCCGCGGCUUUUGCCACCGCCGCCACCACCAUCUCUGUGCUCGUGGCGUGGGAAAGGAGGUGUAAAUCCCGGGCGCGAGCCGGCGGCGGCGCCACUGCGGGAGGGUCGGCGGUGGGAAGGCGAUGGCGGAUAUAGAUAAACUCAACAUCGACAGCAUCAUCCAACGGCUGCUGGAAGUGAGAGGGUCCAAGCCUGGUAAGAAUGUCCAGCUACAGGAGAAUGAAAUCAGAGGACUGUGCUUAAAGUCCCGAGAGAUCUUUCUCAGUCAGCCUAUCCUACUAGAACUUGAAGCACCACUCAAAAUAUGUGGUGAUAUCCAUGGACAAUACUAUGAUUUGCUUCGACUUUUUGAGUACGGUGGUUUCCCGCCAGAAAGCAACUACCUGUUUCUUGGGGACUAUGUGGACAGGGGAAAGCAGUCAUUGGAGACCAUCUGCCUCUUACUGGCUUACAAAAUCAAAUAUCCCGAGAAUUUUUUUCUUCUCAGAGGAAACCACGAAUGUGCCAGCAUCAAUAGAAUUUAUGGAUUUUAUGAUGAAUGUAAAAGAAGAUAUAACAUUAAACUAUGGAAAACUUUCACAGACUGCUUUAACUGUUUACCGAUAGCAGCCAUCGUGGAUGAGAAAAUAUUCUGCUGUCAUGGAGGUUUAUCACCAGAUCUUCAAUCUAUGGAGCAGAUUCGGCGAAUUAUGCGACCAACUGAUGUACCAGAUCAAGGUCUUCUUUGUGAUCUUUUGUGGUCUGACCCCGAUAAAGAUGUCUUAGGCUGGGGUGAAAAUGACAGAGGAGUGUCCUUCACAUUUGGUGCAGAAGUGGUUGCAAAAUUUCUCCAUAAGCAUGAUUUGGAUCUUAUAUGUAGAGCCCAUCAGGUGGUUGAAGAUGGAUAUGAAUUUUUUGCAAAGAGGCAGUUGGUCACUCUGUUUUCUGCACCCAAUUAUUGUGGAGAGUUUGACAAUGCAGGUGCCAUGAUGAGUGUGGACGAAACACUAAUGUGUUCUUUUCAGAUUUUAAAACCUGCAGAAAAAAAGAAGCCGAAUGCCACGAGGCCCGUAACACCUCCAAGGGUUACAUCAGGCCUGAACCCGUCCAUUCAGAAAGCUUCAAAUUAUAGAAACAACACUGUUCUAUACGAGUGACUGAUUAUGCUUUCUUUGGCCUACAUUCUUUAUUCUGCGGUGAAGUUGAGGCUUAUAAGUCAAAACAAAGGAACUAACUUACUAUCCAGCAGUUUAUACAGAACUCACAGUAUCUAUGACUUUUUUAAACUAAGAUCUGUUCAAAAGAAAUCUGUUUCAACAGAUGACCAUGUACAAUACCAUGUGGUGAAAAUAAAUUCAGACUUAUUAAAUGAUGAACUUGUUAAAUUCUCUCAGUGUCAGUUUAUCAGCACAGUACACACAGGAGAACUGUUGAUGGCAUAUUGAGUAGCUUUUAAUGAAUAAAUUGCUCUGGAAACCA